CAGAGCUGGCUGGACUUUCCUCUAAGAGGAGGCAUCUGCCCAGUCCUGGAUCCUGCAUGGUUAUAGCAGCUUGUGGUUUGGUGGCAUUGCUUGUACAGUUUAUUGGGAAGUUGGUAGAAGAAGUACUGCGAGGAUUCAACAUAGAUGUUGAACUAAGCAUCAUCAGUACCAGGAGCAGCAGCCCUCACAGAAGCCAGAGCUCAGCAGCAGGGACUGCAACCAGCCAACUGCCUUUCUGUACCUGCUCCGUCGACAGCAACAGUCACAACCUUGUUUCCUGCUGGGAGACGGAAGGAUUGUUCUGAGGGAGGACCCGGCAAAGACCCAGGGACUCAUUCUUCACAACGCAUGCUUACACCUUUCCCUCCUCUGGCACAUGUCAUGGACAGUAUAUAGAAGAUCCUAUGUGGAUGAGAUUAUAACUAGCCCAGAGCAGGUGCACAAAGAGGUCAGAGGACCUCUGUCUGUACAAGGCUACAGUGGCAGCACGCAGUGACCGCUUCCUCCAAGGAAUGCAAGGACAGAGAGAGACACACAAAUAGGUGAUGACCUGAAAAGAUCAUGUCGGAGGUACAGGGAACGGUUGAGUUUUCUGUGGAACUACACAAAUUCCAUAAUGUGGAUCUCUUCCAGAGAGGAUACUACCAGAUACGAGCAGGGUUGAAACUUCCAACCAGGAUUCCCCAUAGACUGACUGCCACAGUUGUAGAGCAAACAGGUGACUCUAGCCUCUCCUCAGCCUGUGUCCACGAGAACAACGUACUCAGUAGAAUAUUUCAGAUCUUAUACCGGAAUGAAGAGAUUGUUAUGAACGAAUCGAUGAGCUUCAGGGUCCACUUACUCCUAGAUGGCGAGAGGGUGGAAGAUGCAUUAAGCGAAGCAGAUUUUCAGCUCAAGCUGGACCUGCACUUUACUGAUAGUGAACAACAGCUGAGAGACAUUCCAGCGAUCCCUGUGAUAAGCAGCCGUACUUUGGGGCUUCACUUCCACCCAAGAAGAGGCUUACACCACCAUGUUCCUGUCAUGUUUGACUAUUUCCACUUGUCAGUGAUAUCUGUUACAGUGCAUGCCUCACUGGUCGCAUUACACCAGCCACUGAUCAGUUUUGCUCGGCCAGGGAAAGGGUCAUGGCUUGGGAAAGGCAGCCUGGAGACGGGACCAGACCAAACGAGUAUGUCAUUAGAGAAUCUAGUGUUUGGAGCGGGCUAUUGCAAACCGACUGCAUCAGAGGGCAGUUUUUAUGUCCCUUCUGAAAAUUGCAUGCAACAUGCAUACAAAUGGCAUAAGGACCUGUGUCUGCUGCUCUUGAAUGCAUACAGGGGUCUUCACAUGUACUACACAGUCAUAACGAAGGAGAUUCCAGAUUUGCCACAGCUGAAGUUAGAAGAGCUGGCUGUGGAAGAUACGCUAUCACAACUUUGUACAGAGCUGCAGAUGUUGAACAAUCCAGAGAAGAUAGCAGAGCAGAUCAGCAAGGACCUGGCCUGGCUUUGCACCCACCUCUUGGCACUAUGGACCCAAUUCCUGGAGACAGUGACACUCCAUCCAGAAGUCACGGCCUAUCUUACUCAGGAGCAUCACACGCUGAGGGUAAGAAGAUUCUCAGAAGCAUUCUUUUAUGCUGAGCAUCAAAAGAUAGCUGUGCUGACCUUUCAGGAAAGCCUGAUCCAAAGUCACAGCCAGAUUUCUACAGAAGUUCGGAAUUCCGAGUAUCUCGUCAGCAUGCCACCUCUGCCAGCCGAAUGCCUGGACAUUGAUGGAGAUGGGAACACAGUCCCUGUGAUUUUUGAAGACAGAUAUGUAGAUUCCCCUUACAAAAGUCAAAGUUUGGAUGUUUUCCCAGCUUUUGAGGUUCCUGUGAUGAACGGUGCACAAAUGGACUUAAUAAAUAGCAAGGAGGCUCUUGCAUCAAAUGAGGACAUUUCAUUGGAAAAGGCAGAUUUCAGGAAAGAUACUCUGUUCAUUCAUACUGAUAAAAUAAAUGGGAAUGCCUCCUGUAUCUACAGCGAUAUUGCAACUGAAACUUAUGUGGCUAAAGAUUUAGCACAGCACUCCACUUCUCAGACAAGUCCGGUCAACAAGGAAGUUCAAAGGAAAACAGAUGUUUCCCAUGAAAAUGUGUCAAUUUCAAGUUCAGAAAUGGUUUCAGGUUUGGACACAGGCCUGUUAAAACAUAAAGCAGGAGACUUUCAAAUGCCAGUGGACAUUCCAUUAAAAGACGAUAGACUCGGAGUAGAAUGCAUGGAUGUGAAACUUAGCAAUAAGGAUUGCCACAAAGGUGAACCCAUAUUGAUCAUUAGUGCUCUCUGUGACAGUGGAACGAGGGGACUCUUAGACACUACUGAGUUAAGGCAAGCAGCUAAAACUGAUGAUAACGAACAUAUUCUUACUUCAGAUGAACUUGCAUUAAAUGAACUAAACAGUCUUGAACGACCGGUUGAACAAGACAACAAGGCUCUGUUACCAGCUUUGAAAGCAUUACCAAUCAGUACUUUGGAUUUAUUAACCCAGACCACAAAAGAUGCCCCAGAGGGGAAGUCAUCUGUGAAGGAGCAAAGAACCGAGGAAUGUGAAGAGUUUACCCUGAGCUCGGGGGUCAUAAAGAGAUCUUCCUCAAUAAUAUCUGACUCGGGCAUUGAAAGUGAACCUAGUUCGGUGGCUUGGUCUGACGUGCGCAGCAGGGCUUUGGAGCUGCCGAGUGACCGUGAAAUGCUGCAGCAGCUGGUAAGGAGGCACACCCUACACAGAAACUCUCUAGAGGGAGGACAUACAGAAAGCAACACAAGCCUGCCCAGUGGGAUCCAAGCAUCGCUGACAUCAAUUAGCUCAUUACCGUUUGAGGAGGAAGAGAGGGAAGUAGAACUUACAAAGCUGACCAAAUCCGUUUCUGCACCCCAGAUCAGCAGCCCAGAGGAGCCCACGGACAAUAUAGCUAUGCCCCAAGGUGAUAAAGCAAUCUUGGAAGUUGCAGAAGGGCCCUUGAAAAGCUCCAUGGGAGUGAUGUGCAGAAGCACAGAUAUGCCAGGGAGGUUUUCUGAGUGUGAGAAUGCCACAGACAGUGAGCAAACAGAACCAGACAUUGCCACAGGAGAGCAUCCUAGGGCUGCUGUAAAACAAAGGAACAGCAGCAAUGAACUACCAGAAGAAGAGGCAGAUAAGGAAGGUUUUGCAGAAGGAGCCUGUAGUUCGGAAUACGCAGGACAGCCCGUAAAUGUAAAGCAGCACAGAUGUGAUCCCUCUGAAUGCCAGGCAGGGCAGAGAAAUGAAGAGUGCAGCUUGGAAACACAGAAUGUCAGGCCCUCCUCGGACCCCAGAGACGUGCACUUCAGUGCAUAUAGUGAUCUGAAAGAUGCACUCAACCCUAUGCCUAAGGAGUUGCAAAUAGGUGAAGACUUUUAUUCCAGUGUUAGCAUACUCGACAUCGAGAAUUUCUCCCAUGGAGUGAGCCGGGUACCAGACUUUUGCUACACGUUUCCAGCCUCAUCAGAGACUUCCACUGAAUUUGGUUCCACCAGGGGAGAGUGCGGGAGCCCUUUCCCCAAUGAACCCAUGGUGUCAUGUGAAGAAAUGCAGGGCUUACAAGAAAUUGAAUUGGAUGAUGCAUCUGCAUUGGCAGACUUGGGGGACGGAUCUUAUUGUGCCGAAUAUCCUCAGGAACUGGAGCGCGUGGAAGGUCAGCUCAUGGCUAAUGGCACUGGGGUUCAGUCCGCGGCCACAGAGGGCUUAGCACUGGAGAGCCGAAAGGCCGUGGAGGUGGUUAACCUGUCUGUUUCCUGCACAGCCACGUGUCUUCCCUUCUCUUCUGUGCUCAAAGAGACUCCUGCCGUGGUUGGCUUCUCUUCAAAGCAGGCCACUUUCCCUAUUACACGCCAGCCUUUAGGCUCUUUCAGCGUUGUGGCCUGCAAUUCAGAUGACAUGGAUGAAGAGGCCAAUGAAAGGAUGCUUAGUUUUUAUCAGGCCAAAGAAAAGUUUAAAAAAGAAAUGAAGAUUGAAGGAUUUCUGUACAGUGACUUAUCUGUACUAGCUUCUGAUAUCCCAUAUUUUCCACCAGAGGAAGAGGAAGAAAAUUUGGAAGAUGGAAUUCACCUGGUAGUCUGUGUCCAUGGACUAGAUGGGAACAGCGCAGACCUACGGUUGGUAAAGACUUUUAUAGAACUGGGACUCCCUGGUGGAAAGCUGGACUUCCUAAUGUCAGAAAGGAACCAGAGUGAUACUUUUGCUGAUUUUGACACGAUGACCGACCGAUUGCUGGAUGAAAUCAUUCAACAUAUUCAGUUGUACAACCUCUCCAUCUCCCGCAUAAGUUUUAUUGGCCAUUCCCUUGGUAACGUCAUCAUCCGAUCAGUACUAACCCGGCCCAGGUUUCGCUAUUACCUCAACAAGUUACACACCUUCCUGUCCCUCUCUGGGCCUCAUCUAGGAACCCUGUACAACAACAGUACGUUGGUUAGCACAGGCCUAUGGCUCAUGCAGAAGCUGAAAAAAUCAGGGUCACUUUUGCAGCUGACUUUCAGGGACAAUGCAGACCUGCGCAAAUGUUUCUUGUACCAGCUCAGCCAAAAAACAGGUCUUCAGUACUUUAAAAAUGUCGUGUUGGUGGCAUCUCCCCAGGAUCGAUAUGUCCCGUUUCAUUCAGCAAGGAUAGAAAUGUGCAAAACCGCACUUAAAGACCGGCACACAGGUCCCAUUUAUGCAGAGAUGAUAAACAACCUCCUCCAACCCUUGGUGGGGGCCAAGGACUGCACUUUAAUCAGACACAACGUGUUCCAUGCGCUCCCGAACACUGCCAACACUCUGAUCGGACGGGCCGCCCACAUAGCGGUGCUGGACUCUGAACUUUUCCUGGAGAAGUUUUUCCUUGUGGCAGGACUCAGCUAUUUCAAAUAGCACUCAAAGCACUGAGGAACAAAGGACAUGCAGCGUGUUCAAGGAUGGAGAAUCCCUUUGCCAAAAGAGUGCGGUAUUAGAAAUGAGACACACGCACGUGAUGAGGUGGGACCCUAACACUCCUCCCAUUUUCAUUUAUGUUUCCGAGAAUAAAGUGCUGUGGCUUCAAGGCAUUCAAACUUCCAAAUAUUGGGGCUUUUGGAAGACACAAAUAUUCAUGUUCCGUUUCUAUGUUCUCUUUUGAUUGCUAACAUAGGACAAAGACCACUUCAGAAAUAGAGAACAGAAAUAAGAAAGCCAAAUCUAGAGAUAUGACUGAACCAACAUGAUUCUGACCUCUGUUAAAUAUCAGCCCAGGGACACAGUCUUCUUUGAUUUCAUGCUCAUGUACUUAAUAAGAGAGCUAUACAUCUGUAGCACUUUUGGUGGGGUAAUUAAUGCAAGAGAAAACAAACAUAUAUGAACUCAGGUUAAAACCUCCUUUUUGAUAUACUGGACAAUAUGAAAUAUAUUUAUGUGGUCAAAAUUCUUGAUAGCUUCUGAGGUUCCAUUUGUCUAAAUAAAAUGUACAGAUGGGUCUGUUAUCUGUACACAUUUGUAACAUUCAUACUCUCAAGGCAUGGAAAGGGGGGAAAGACACAUUUAAAUAAAAGGAGGGAAUCUUUAUAAAGCCUUUAAAAACUCCAUUUCAUGCAAAAUAAAUGAACUCAAGACAGAAGCAGCCAAACAAGAGGAGUAUAUUUGAAUAAUCGUGGGAUACAGUCAUCUUCUGUUAGCAUUUCUUCUGUUUACAUUUAUGGAUGGAUGAACAUUGUUUUUGCUUGUACUUAUAAUUAAGAUACUUUUUUAUUUUUUAAAUCUGUUCAUAAGUACAUUGACCCCAAUGUUCAAAAAUGUUGGUAUUCCUAGCUGGCAUUCAAAGUCAUGCCAAUAAUAAUGCUACCAAGCCAAUCAAAAGCAGUAGGCGGUAACUUUUCAACUGAAAAUUUUGAAGUGCUUCAAAAUAUGGACUCUUCUAUUAGUCCCCUUCUGAAAUAUGUUAGUCCCAUCUGAAAUUAUUUAUGCAGUCCUGAUUACCACAGGUAGAAAUUUUUUAAAGAGAAAAAAGAUCUACGUUGUUUCCCAAUGUUCAACACUUUCCACUUUUUCAAUGUUGUGGGUGUUUUUAAUUGAAAUUUUUAUCAAAGAUAUGAGUACACUUCGAAAUCUUAAAUUUUGAUAACUAUUUCAGUAAGUUUUCCUAGUAUAUUUGAUCAAUUUUCAAUAAGAAAGAAAGAAAGAAAGAAAGAAAGAAAGAAAGAAAGAAAGAAAGAAAGAAAAAGUCAACAGUUCCGCAUUAAACAUUUUGUUUUGAAACAAGGCAACUUAGUAAUGAAAACCUUUGUGUUCAGAAAAAUGUUGACCAGUGUAUGAUCCUGUAGGUUUUUCAGUGAAAACUAACAAGGAUAGUAGCUGUUGUCACAAAUCUAAAUUAUGAGUUAAGGUUAAGGAAAUUAAGCUCACCAAAAGAGGAGAUUUCUAAAAGCUCUAAGUGAAAGUGAAAUACUACGGGAAAAAAAGGAAGAUUUACUUGAAUAGCCAAAUUUAGGAAGAAUAUGUAUGCAAAGGGGCCAAUAGGAAAUGAAACUGAGGGAUUUGGAUUUAUUUAGACUAUAUAAGAGAAGAGUGAGGGGGAAUUUGUUAGCAGCCUUCAACUACCUGAAGUGGGAUUCCUGAGAGGAUGAAGAGUGGCUGUUCUCAGUGGUGUUACAUGACAGAAUGAGGAGCAAUGGUCUCAAGUUGCAGUGGGAAAGGUCUAGGUUGGAUAUUAGGAAUAACGAUUUCACUACGAGUGUGGUAAAGCACUGGGAUGGGUUACCUAGGGAGGUAUUGGAAUCUCUAUCCCUAGAGGUUUUUAAGUCCCAGCUUGACAAAGCCUUGCCUGGGAUGAUUUAGUUGGGAUUGGUCCUGCUUUUAGCAGGGAAUUGGACCUGAUGACUUCCUGAGGAUUCUUCCAACACAACGAUUGUAUGGACUUAUGUGGCAAGCCAUUGAUGCAAAAGUUUGAAUAAGCUUAACUCCCGUGUUUAAUACCAUGGACAGGGCUAAUGGUGCUAAUAACAAGUAGGUGGAACUCCUUGCUAGAGGAUGUUCUGAAGACAAAAAAGAACUAGAUAAAUUUAUGAAUGUUA